GGGAACUUGCUCGGACCCGCGCCACGGGAGCUCGAGGGGGCAAUUCGGUACAUUCGGAGUGGCCGAAGAUAUCCUCGAGGUGCGAGGUGGGGACCACGCGUGGGCUUCGGUUUCUGAGCAGCUGACCGUCGUAGCGGUCAAGCAAAGUGGAGAGGAGGAGCGACGUGGGUCCGCUUUAAGAGACAACUUAGGCAGAAUCCACGAAGCAAAUGUCUACUCUGUUUUCGUGGAUAAAAGGUUCUGGGACAGUUGGACGGCAAUAACUCAGCAUCGUUUAAGCAAGCAGGGGAGAGUGUUGAGUGUAGUUAAUCCGAGGUCGAAGGGUGAGAACCGGCAGAGAUCACAGCAGUGGGUGGAUUGUGUUGUUUGAGCACUCCUAGGUGAUGACGGCAGCGGAGCCUAAAAGAUUCAAUAUGUGGGGCGUCUUCCUUUCUGUUUGAAUUUAGCUACAAAAUGAACUCUGACAGACAUUUCAGCAAUUCCCGAAUCUGGGAUUCCGUAUUUCUCUUUGUUUGCUGCUUUUCUUCGAGGCUCUGCUCCAUCGAUCUCUCCAUUUCCUUUAUAGGUGAUUACAAAGGCGGAGCCUAAAAGAUUCGAUAUGUGGGGACAUUCAGAAGAUCCGAAUUGCGGGGCUUCUUCCUCAUCGACUUCUACACCUGUAGGUGAUUAUGAAGGCAGAACCAAAAAGAUGAAAAGAAAUGACUACGAAGUGUUCUUGAGCUUUAGAGGGAAGGAUACUCGCAACGGUUUCACCGAUUAUCUCUAUAAUAGUCUUGUCAAUGCAGGAAUUCAUGUGUUCAGAGACGACAAUGAGCUUUGCGUUGGUGAGGAGAUCGGACCGGAACUUCUCCGCAGUAUUACACAAUCUAAGAUCUCCAUCCCGAUUAUCUCAGAGGACUAUGCAUCCAGCAAAUGGUGCCUUCGCGAGUUGGCUCUUAUGUUGAAUUGCAAGAGAAACAAAGGGCAAAUGGUGUUACCCAUAUUUUACAAAGUGGAACCUUGGCAAGUGAAGCAUCUCACAGGGAGAUUUGGAGAUGCUAUCAAUACACAUAAAAAGAAUUUGGAAGAAAAGAUUGUGAAGGAAUGGGAAGAAGCACUCAAAGAAGUCACUUCCUUGAAAGGAUUGGAAUCGGAGAAAAUUGAUAAUGGGCGUGAAGGAACAUUGGUUAAAAUAGUUGUCAGAAAAGUUAUGAGUAACUUAAAGGAAUUGUUUUUGCUAAAUGUUCCCAAACAGUUGGUGGGAAUUGAUGAUCAUGUGGAGGAUAUUAUGCACUUCAUAGAUGCUAAAUUUAACGAUACAAGUAUUAUCGGAAUCUAUGGAAUGGGCGGCAUCGGUAAGACAACUCUUGCGAAGGUAUUGUACAACAAGCUUUUGAGUCAUUAUGAGUCUCAUAGCUUUGUGGCAGAUAUCCGAGAAAAAAUUAAGCUCAAGGAUCUUGAAUGCAUACAAAAGCAGCUCAUUUAUGACAUAAGUGGAGGCUUACGUGAUGUGUCUAAUGUCGAUCACGGAAUCAAUAUCCUUAAAUCUCGAUGUAUAAGGAAGAAAGUACUCAUUCUUCUUGAUGACGUGGAUGAUAAUACUCACCUGAAUGCUUUGGUCGAAGAUGGUAGUUGGUUUAAAGCUGGAAGUAUGGUCAUCAUCACCACUAGAGACAAGAGUAUUCUUGACAAGGCUGGGGUAAGCCACAAGUAUCAACUCAACGAGCUGCUUUUGGAUCAGUCAUUGGUUUUAUUUAGUAGACAUGCAUUUCGAAAGGAUUCUCCUCCGAGUGAUUAUAAGGUUAUCUCUUGUAAUAUCGUAUCUACUACUGGGGGGCUUCCUUUAGCUCUUGAAGUUAUUGGUUCAUUCUUAUGUGGAAAGACAAAAGAAACAUGGAAAGCUACAUCAAAAAAAUUAGAGAAAGUGCCUGAUAAGAAAGUGCAAGAGAAGUUGAGAAUAAGUUACGAUGCAUUAGAUUUUGAGGACCAACAGAUUUUUUUGGAUAUUGCAUGUUUUUUUAUUGGAUCAUCUAAACAAAAUCCAACUUACAUGUGGGAAGCCUGUGGUUUUUUCCCAGGAAAGGGGAUUGAAGUAUUGAAUCUUAUGUCCCUAAUUAAAAUUACCGAUGAUGGCAAGCUAAUGAUGCAUGAUCAACUGAGAGAUCUUGGAAGGGAAAUUGUUCGUCAAGAAAAUCUAAAGAAGCCUCAAAAGCGUAGCAGAUUGUGGGAAUAUGAGGAUGGCGUAGAUGUGCUUCUCAGCAACAAGGGCACUAGUAAAAUUGAGGCCCUUCGUCUUGACUUAGAUAAUGGGAGAGAAAGUUACACGGCUGAAACAUUUAAAGAAUUGACCAAAUUGAGGUUACUUCAACUGGAAGGUGUGAAUCUCACUGGACAUUUUCAGAACUUGUUUCCUCAACUAAGAUUGCUUGAGUGGAUGGAUCAUCAACCGGAUUUUGAAUUGACCAACUUUCACCUGAAGAAAUUAGUCGUGCUCGAUUUGUCGUGGAGCAAGAUUUGGAGAAUUGGGGAGGAUGGAGUCAACUAAAGGUAAAAUGUAGAGAAGGCAUAUCUCUUAUAAAUAAUCACAUGUUGUCGAUGGGCCCAAUUGCACCAAGUUAUCCUUUAUUUCUUCUGAAAAUAUAUAUUAUGGAUUUUCCUCUAAGCAUAAGAGGAGUUUAUAGGCACUUAAAUAUGUCAAAAGCUUUCUACCCCUUAAUAUUUUAACAAACUAGUCAUGCUUAACAUAGACCUACUAAUAAAAACUUUUUAAAUCGUAUUAAUUAACAUCUAUCAAAAAUAUAAUUACAAUAAUGUGCCCAUGUUAAUUUUAAUCUAAAUGGUUUAUGGCUUCUAGUUAAUUUCUCCCCAUGCAAAAGUAUGUCUUUUUAGCAAUUCUUGUUAUAUGUAUGUAUGUAUCUUCUUUCAUGGAGAUGCAAAGACCCUCACAGUGACUUGUGUUUUACAUACAUACUAAAAUUCUAAAUUCAUUGUUACUUUUAAAGUAAUGGAAAUAAUUUGUGAACUACUUUGACUUGUUGCGCACAAUAAUUAUUCAUUAUUAUUGUUGAUUGUUGAAGUCACCGUACAACACAUUUAUAAAGUACUAAUGUCAUAUGAGUAAUACAACACUUUUUUAUGUCUUGUACAUAUAGCAUUUAAAAAUUGUUUUUCAUAAUUAAAGUAGCCAUUUCUCUUUAAUUUCAUACUAAUUGAAGGAAAACAUGGCACCAAAUGAAUGCAUCUCAUUUCUUCCAUUUGACUUUGUCAUCUGUAAUUUGAUAAUAAAAUUUGUGUAUCUCUAUUCAAUAAAUAACAACAUAGUCAUAACUUUGAAAAACUAAAUAUGAUAUUUUCUAAGAAAUUUUAUUUGCGAAAAAUUGUAGAUAGCACUCAUACAUCCCUAACAUUCUCUUCGCAAUGAUAUGCUUAAAAACAUUUAUAUGCUAGCUUAGCGAAUACACUAUUGAAAAGAAACAUUUAAAAUUAAAUAAGAUAGUUGUGUA